AUGCGACCGAGACCAGUCUCGUUUCGUAUGCAUAUCGCCGCUAUCAACUUCGGUGAGAAAAGUCCGGUACCGACUUAUCUUAUCAACCGUUCUAGCCAACGGUUCUUGCGCCACAACUCACUACCUUUUGCCCGCGAUCUCCUGAUCAGCCGCAUACAAUGCGUCUGUCGAUUUGGUUAAUUUCAUUUGAAGUUAUUAUUGUCAUCAGAUUCUUAGACUCAUAUAAUAUUGCGCGCAUUAUACGUGGAUAAUUUUCGGCUGCAGUUAUUAACUUUCUUUUUCGUGUGUUAUUUCGUGUUUUAUUUUUCUCUCUUUAGUUCCCUUUUCUUUCUUUUCUUGUAACUUUUCGUUAGUUGUACAUAACAUGUAGUAUAACAUUUUUAUAGUAUAUACUUAUAUAUUACAAAAUCUAAGAAAAUCAAAUAAAAAUUCAAUAAAAAUACAAAAUUAUAAAAAAAGAAAAAUUUAGUCAUUCUCUAGGAAUCUUUAUCGUAAAACGUAGACCAUCUUGGCCUACAGAUUAAAACUAAUGAGCCAUCUGAGCCUGUCUUUACAGAACAACCUGAACAACGGCCACAUUAAAAUCCAACAAUCAUAAAUUCCGUAAUUCCAAAGCUAGGGCACUUGAGUCCUCCUUACGCAGGGACAUUGCUCAGAUUAGUUCGAAUCAAAUCGUAAUAGUAAAAUCUAUUAAUAGUCUGGCUACUCAGAUAAUCAAAAGUAGGAACCUUUCGGAUGAAGCCCAACAGGAGCUCAUAACGAAUACAAAGUAGAUAUUACGCUGCCAAGCGAAGUUAAAAUUUAAACUCCCCUCGAUGACGCCCGCUACGAAUCCCCGUUGGGAGUCCUUUUAGGAUCCACAGCGUAGCCGACCUUGGCCCGCAAAGCUAUCAAGUCGAAGGCCUCCCCAUCGUUCGGGCGACAGCCAUCAGACUAACGCUUUGUCGACGCCGAGGGUGAAUGUCAUCCUUGGCACCGUGAUGACUUACACAGAGACCCAUAUCACCGUCACCGACUCGGUGGGGUCCUAUGUAGUCUCCAACAGCCAAUUGGCUAUCCAUAAGGAGGCCCCCUUCGCGGUAGGCCAACCCCUCCUACUCUUUCAGGCCGAGCUCCCUGGCUGGAUUGCCAGAUUUUCUGGGGAUGCUCCAGCCAUUUACGAGCCAAUAAGUGAUUAA